CAGUUGACGUCUAAAAUUAUUACUGUCCAGUAGUCUGAACGGUGUAAGACACAAAAUAGCUUGGAAACAAAAUUUAUUUUUGUUAUUAUUUUCUCAUUGUGUUGUUAUUUCAAUCAGAUUGCUAAAGUGAAACCUGCAUUUUGUGUUCGAGUGUACUCAUUUAGAAUUACUUAUUUCGUCCGAUAAUUGAUUGAAAGACCUAAUAAAGUGAUGAUGUGAAAUAAAAUGACUGUAGUAUCAUAUAUGAUUUAUUCUCUCACACAGUGUCUCGUCUACUUGAUAAUGAUCGUUAGACAACACGUUUGUUAGCAAUGAAGGACGUGAUAAUGAACGCGUUAAUGUUCCUUCUCAUCGCGAGUCAGAUGUUACAUAUUUCUGGAAGAGUGACCCUAUUAUGCGGAGACAAACAUAAUGCACGCAGAGAAUAUGAAAGAAGAUUUAUAUGUAUCUCGGAGGACGAUGGCGGCGCUCUAGUGUGGAACAAUAUUUUAAACGGGCAAUUUGCUUCGUUCAAACACAGCGCAAUACCAUUUGAUUAUUUAAGUGGAGGAGUUCCAGAUUGCACAAUAAAUUGUAAAAUGAAUGCAGAUGAAAACUGUUUAACAGCGUGGAGUCAACAGAAUUGGAAGCUCACGAGUUCUCUUAAAACACCUAUGGGUCCGGUACAUGAUCAGCGAUGGGAAGAAUUUAAAGAAUAUACAAAUACAAAUAUUAAUUAUGAACAUGUACAUUCUGGAAAUACUACCGCAGCAACGUUCUCCGUUUCGAUUCGUGCGUCUAGCGACACGCAUAUAUUAAUUUGCAACGGUACAGAUUAUCACAGGGAUCUAUGCUAUUGGAUCAUAAUAGGUGGUUGGAGUAAUAGUAGGUCCAUCAUACGAAAAUGCAAGACGGGAGUUCCUUCAAUCGGCGAUUUUCCCGCCCGUAAUUCAAUCUGUAACAAAGCACAAGUUUCUUUCAACCAUAUGCCAUUAUCUGAAUUUGAGUGGCGAUCGUUUAUUAUUAUGUGGAACUCUGUGACUCGGAAUAUAUCCGUUUAUGAUACUCAUAACUUGAUUAUGACGUACCAGGAUACAGAAAGUUCAGAAUUAUGGAGCACUAAAAAAUCUUAUCAAAUGUUUAUCAGAAGCAGCCCAACAAUACUGUUUCGAUUUCAUAUAUGUGAACAAUUUUUGCACACAAUUUACGAAAAUACAAUUUUGACGAGUCCCAUCGCUCAAUUCGAUGAUAGAAUAUGUAUACAAAUGUUUAUUGGUCUCUGCGCAGAAUGCGAGGUGGAUAUAAAGUUACGUAAUUCUAAAAAUUACAAUAUCUUACAUGCGGUAAAUGUAAAAAGUUCAUCACGCACGACAAAUCAUGGCUUGCCCAUGUGGCAAUCCGUUCUAAUUAAGAGAAAUUUUUCAACCCGUUUUAAUAGAGUGGUAAUCGAAGUGACUCCUAAACUCAACGCUCGUAGUUCCAAUCCAUUAUGGGCUAUAGCAAAUGUUCGUCAAUGUCCUAAAAAUGGUUUGCUUGCUUCUUUAAGAUGGAGUAUUAUGACCCAAAAUCAUUUUGAAGACAUCAAUAGUUAUUUUUGGCCUGCGAUAUGUCAAAAAUUAUUUUACGCCGAUAGUGCCAUCGUAAACUCUACAUUAGACGCCAAGCCAAACAUGACACUGGAUUUUGCAAAUUGUCCCGAAGGAAAAAUUGGAUCACAAUGUUCGAUAUCUUGCAAUGAUCUAAAUAAUAAUGUUAAUUGCAAUGGAACUAGAAUUUGUUAUGAAGAUGGUUGCACGUGUCCUCCAGGAUUCCAGGGAAGCACUUGUUCAAACCCUUGUAAGGGCAACACAUACGGCUAUGGCUGCAAAAAAAAAUGCGGCGCGUGUCGCAACAGAACUUCAUUCUUUAAACAAGUAUGCGACACAAUAACUGGAGUGUGUAACGAUGGAUGCGAGGAUCUUUACAUAACAUCUUUAUGCCAAUCAAAAAUAGACAAAUUAAACUCAAUUGAAGUUACUUCUAUAAACAAUACAAGUAUUCAGGCCAUUAUUCCUUUUACAUGGAAGAAAGAGUACGAAGAAAUAACAAUUUCUUAUCGCUGGAUUUUCAAUGUAAAUAUUAUUCAAUAUUAUUCUAUAUUUAUAUAAAUAUAUUCGGUAUUUUCGAAUACGACGCAGUUGAUAGGUUAUUUUGAAAACUUAACACCCGGUGUUGUUUAUUCAAUUCAAUGUGAAUUACAUAUUGAGGGGACUGAAAUGUUUAUACGUAGUGAUUGGAAAAAUGUUGAAACAAAGUGUAAUCCGGUUAAAAGUUUUGAUGUAAAGCCCGGAGAAACAAACAUAACAAUUAACUGGCAAAUUGGUCAGCGUUCACAAUUUUCAUGUCCGGCGAAUUGGUAUCACUUAAUAAUCCAAAAUAUAAACAGUGAUUAUCAAAUUUGGAGUACAUCAGCUACGUCAUUUCCUUUUAACUUGACACAGUUGACACCAUAUACUUCUUUCAAUAUAACUGUAUAUCAUAAUACUAACAAGCUGUUCUCCCAGCAAAUUCGCACACUCGAGAGCGUUCCAUCUGAAGUAUUACAUCUGCAAGUAAUGACUUUGUCGACUACAUUUAAUGUAAUUUGGAAACCUCCAAAUAAACCUAAUGGACAAAUAUUAAGAUAUGAAAUAAUUGUAAAGAAUAAGCAAUAUUACGGUUGUAGAGACCUAAAUUUACCUACGUCAAAAAAUCACUUAAUUACUACAUCGACAAACAUCACAAAUAGUAAUAUCACGAAUAUACACCCGUACGCGUUUUAUAGCGUACAGGUCAUAGCUUAUAAUUCACGAUAUAGCAGCACGCCUACAGAGAAAAACGUUUCAACUUUAAGCCAUGAGAUACCAACCGAAGUAUUCACCCAACCGAAGGUGCAAGGCUGGAUAUUAUCGUGGAGUCCGCCUGAAGAUUGCACGACGAUUUUGGGACCGAUUAAAGCUAGGAUAAAAAUACGCGGAAUUAGCAACGCUGUAAAAGACUUUCGUCAAACCAGACAAACAAGGUUAAAUUGUUUAAAUCUAGAUAAUAUAACACCAAAAUUAUACGGUGUUGAACGAUACGCGGCAAGAAUUUACGUGAUAAGAGAUUUUGAGAGCACAGAAAAUGUCAACGCUUAUCAAGAAUAUGAAUUUGAUACUCCGCCAAGAGCUCCGCCUAGUGUAAUGAAUUUGGAAGUCGUCGAGACUGAUACUCGCCAAAAAGUUGAAAUGAUACAUUUAAGAUGGCAGAGUCCACGUCCACCUCUCCAUGGAAAACUGCAUUAUUAUAGCAUUCAAUUAUGCGAUAAUAUUUGUCAUACUAUUCAAGUAGUUCAAGUAAAUGAGUUUUGUGAUUUGUGGGAUAAUAACAUAUGCAACAUUAUUGAAAAACCAUCAAAAAAUUCAAUAAUUCAAGUUCUUGCGUACAAUAUGAAUUUUUCUGAAUCGAGUCCUCCGUAAGUGACUGAUCAAAUGCUUCGUAAUACAAUACCAGACGCACCUAAAUUUUUAACAUUUACAAUCAACAAUAAUAGUGUAAUUGACUUAAAAUGGAAUCAUCCUUGGAAGACGGGCGGUCAUCUGCAAACUUUUCUCGUUCGUGUACAUGAAGUUUCUUCUAACUUGAGAAGACAGAGGCUUGACAGAAGAUCGCCGCAUGAUGUAAAAGAUGUAACAUAUAAAUUUCCGGUGAUACAUUACAAGCGUAAUUACAGUGAGCGGUUAUAUUUGUUUCCGUCAACGUCAUAUCACAUUUACAUUCAAGCUGAAACAACUGCAUAUGUAACUAGCAAAGAUGUUUACGUGGAAAUCGAAACGCCUUCAACUAUAGCUUUCGGUGGCGAUUUGAAGGUCGCGGUCGACGACUUUAAUUCCAUGAUUAUAUUAAACAUACCUCCAAUUUUGAACGACACGCAAGAUAGCAGAAUGCACAUAAUAGUAAAAGGUCCCCAUCCUUGCGAGCAGUAUUCCGAAGUACCUAAGAGUUUACAUGCUAAAGCGAAUAUAAAAAAUUACGAUAUCGCUUGGCAAGCUGCCGAAAUUCCGACUAGUAACUAUGCUAGCAAGCAGUUUACGGUGGGCGACAAUCAGAGUUAUGGCGAUGCUAAAAACUGCCCGUUGAAACCUCAAGAGCAAUACGAUAUAGUGGUUAUUGUAAUUGUACAUAAUUUAUCCAAUAAAUCGAUCAUGCUUGCGAAGUCGAUUCAUAUCGGUGAGGUUCCAUCGAAGCAUCACGAAGCAUGGAUCAUACCAAUUUUAUUAUUCCUCGUUCUGUCAGGCAUGGGUUUUUAUUUGUAUUGCAGAAAGAAGCAGAAAUCGGCUAAACAGCUAAUGCAAGACGCGAUGAAUUCUUUUGUCUUGUCACAGAAUGUGGAGAAUUAUCAACAUGAGUCCGUAAUAUCAAAUUCUAAGGAAGAGCUUUCCACAUCUUCCGACAGACAAUCUUUACCGCGAUCAAUCAUUCCGGAAGUACCAUCACUCGUCGUCGAAAAAAAGUCCGAUGAUGUGGUGGAGAAGGAAAAAACAUCUUUGACGAAAGUUGAAGAUUUUGAAGAUUACGUUAGACAGGCGGUACAAUCGGGAUUACUGGAUAAGCAAUAUGAUACGUUUCCAAGAGGUGAAACUCGGACGUGGGAUUAUGGGAAAUUGCCGCAAAAUAAAUCUAAGAAUCGAUAUGGAAAUCUUAUAGCAUAUGAUGAAACUCGCGUGAUACUGAAGAAACUUCCGGAUGAUGUUUAUUCUGAUUACAUCAAUGCUAAUUAUAUCACUGGCUAUAAGAAGGAGAAACGAUAUAUAGCAACGCAAGGACCCAAACCCAACACAGUUGUUGAUUUUUGGCGCAUGAUUUGGCAAGAAAAUGUUCUAAUUAUUUGCAUGUUAGCAAAUAUAAUCGAAAGUGGAAAAACAAAGUGCGAGCAAUAUUGGCCGGAUAUUGGCAAGAAAAAAAAAUAUGGAGAUGUUAUUGUGUUCAACACAAAGCACAACGUCUUUGCUGAUUACUGCUUCAGAAUUUUUCAAGUCACCUGUGGAAAAGAGACUCGAAAGAUAGAGCAUCUGCAUUACACGGCCUGGCCAGAUCACGGUGUGCCGUUGUACACGCACUCUGUAGUUACAUACUUGAAGAAAUUAUUGGCAACAAAACCUGGAAACGGACCCGUGGUGGUUCAUUGUAGCGCCGGAGUUGGAAGAACCGGGACCAUCAUUCUGUGCGACAUUUGUCUCCAUCGAGCAGCAGCCGAAGGGCUGAUCGACGUUUUCGCUGAAACGGCAUCCAUCAGGAACGAGAGAGCUAAUAUGGUGGAUAAUAAGCAGCAGUAUCUGUUGGCGCAUUUGGCAUUGGUGGAAUGUUUGCUCUCCAUUCCGACCGCGUUACUGUGUAACGAAGUGUUACCCAUGAAAAUCAAGGAGAUGAAAGAACAAUUAUUGGUUCAACAACAAAGAUUACAGAACAUUGCCUGGCAGGACGAAGCUCUGCGACAGUUUAUAUCUUUAUCCUCUUUAUCAGAACGUAAUCGUGCUAAAAACAGAUUUCCGGAACUAAUUUUAGAUAAAGUCAGCAGAAUAUAUUUGAAAAGAUAUCCGACAACGGACGAGGACAGUGAUUACCUGUCUGCCGUUUACGUGGAUGGAAUAAGACUUCAGAAUCAGUAUCUAGCCACACAGCUUCCUAUGCCGUCGACGAUUAAUGAUUUUUGGCGAAUGAUCGCGGAAUUAAAAGUGGAACUCAUUCUCAUGCUACAGCCGCCUGAUCUGCAGGAUACUACUUGCUGUGCGAUCUCUCCUAACAGCGGCGAGUUUAAGCCAACGCCAUACUUGAACAUUACAGUAAAAGAUAUCGUGGAAUUGGAGUAUUAUACAUCACAGAAAUUUCUACUUGUUGACAAUUCGGAGAAACCCCCGAGAGAGCAAUUUGUGACUAUCUUACAUUUAACGGAAUGGAAACCUGGGAGGAAUCAACCACCUCCACCGGUAAUGACGAUGGUGACACUUUGGCAAGCUGCGGAGAGAAUCCCGAGAGGCGAUGGACCGACUGUUACGAUUUGCCAUGAUGGAGUAACUGGAUGCGGUCUUUACUUAGCGUUGAGCUUUCUCCUGGAACGAAUGGCUGUUGAAAGAGAAUGCGACGUUUGUUUGGCAGUACGAGCAAUUAGACGAUCGAGACCGGACUUUGUUCGAUCUUUGGAACAACUAGAAUAUCUGUACGAUGCAGCAAUUACAUAUCUGGAGUAUUUUGAAACUUAUGCAAAUUUUUCAUAAAUUAUUAUU